GGCGGCGGCGGCGGCAGCGGCGGCUGGUCUCUGCAGUGGGAGCGGAGGAGCAUCAGGAGGAGCGCUGGCCGGCUGGGGAGGUGGAGGACGGGGAGAGAAGCUGAAGGAGGACUCGGGAGUCGGAGAGAGAGGAGAAGAGGGGUCAGAACGGGGAAUCCAAACGAGGGAGGAUCAUUUAGUCAUUUUUCUUUUAGUUUUUUUGGACUUUUGUGUGGUGCUCAACUGCCAUUCUUUUGGUGAUGCCAUCCAACACGGUCACCACCACCACCGCUUUCAAAAACUCCGACUUCAACUGUGACAGUGGUGGAAAUCUCAUGCAGACUGAGAGUCCGAGGCUGGAGAAGGAUCUUCCUGCAGUGGAGAAGCCAGCGCUCAGCACUCCGGUCCGCAGAGUGGGGCGACCUGGGCGUAAACGCAAGCACCUCCCAGUGGAAAGCUGUGGAUCCCUGAAAGAUCUUGUAGGCGUGGCUAAGAAUCACAGAGGGGCAGAGCUUCAGUCCAGUUCGCAGGUUCAGAAUGGAGAUGUGGGAGAGAGGCAUGAGGGCAGAUCCUCAGAAGGCUCUUACCCUUCGCAGGACAAGAAUGUUCCAGAAAACAGCCUCCCUUGCCCAGCCGGCUACAGGGCUCCGUGCCCCGCUGACCCGAGCAUGAGCCCCUCCGUGGAGAACGGAUUUGCUGCUGCCCGGGACGAGCACGACUCCGAGAAGGACAAAGAGGAGACGCUGCCAACUCUGCCUCGCAAGAAACGAGGGAGGCGGAAACUGGAGCGUCCGACUAAAUACGUUGAGCACAAAGAGGACGAGAGCGGAGACUCCUCGAAGAAUGAGGGAGCUCGAGGCAGGCUCCGUCGGGGAGUGGGCUGGGAAGUCAGCCUACGUCAGAGACCCAUGCCCAGAGUAACCUUCCAGGCCGGUGACCCUUAUUACAUUAGCAAGAGGACCAGGGAGGAGUUGCUGGCCAAGUGGAAGAUGGAGGCGGAGAAAAAGGCCAAGCAGGUUUCCGGGAUGAACUCCAUGGACGAGCACGGAGACGUGGAGGACGACCCUCAGAAAGGCAGCGACACCUUCAGCGGCCCACGGACCCCUGCGCCUCCACCGCCCCCACCACCAAUGCCAUCUGCACCUCCAACGACACAGCAACAGCAGCAGCAGCAACAAAUAAUAGCCCAGCCUCAGGCUCUCCCCAAAGCCCAGCCUCAACCACAGCCGCAGCCUCCUCCCCAGCAGCAGCCUCCACCACCUCAGCAGCAGCCUACGGACCCCGCCUCCCCCACAGUGGCCACUACCCCAGAGCCGGUGCCUAUAGGAAACGGAGACAAGAUCUCUCCCAAGUCCGCUGACACGGAGCCUGAGUAUGAGGAUGGACGAGGCUUCGGGAUUGGUGAGCUGGUUUGGGGGAAGCUACGAGGCUUUUCUUGGUGGCCUGGACGAAUCGUGUCCUGGUGGAUGACUGGACGAAGCCGAGCUGCUGAGGGAACCAGAUGGGUCAAGUGGUUUGGUGAUGGCAAAUUCUCUGUGGUCUGUGUUGAGAAACUAUUGCCUUUGAGUUCCUUCCACAAUGCCUUUCACCAGCCAACUUACAACAAACAGCCAACAUACAAGAAAGCCAUCUAUGAGGUGCUACAGGAAGCCUGCAGUCGAGCAGGAAAAGUGUUCAUCACGUGCCCUGAGAGUGACAACACUGACACUUCUAAGUCAGUAGACAUGCAAAACAAGCAGAUGAUUGAAUGGGCCAUGACAGGAUUCCAGCCCACUGGCCCUAAAGGCCUGGAGCCACCUGAAGAGGAUCGUAACCCGUAUAAGGAAGUGUACCCUGAGAUGUGGGUGGAGCCCGAAGCUGCGGCCUACAUGCCACCACUGGCGAAGAAGCCCCGCAAGAGCACGAACGUGGAGAAGCCCAAGGUUAAAGACAUCGUUGACGAGAGAACUCGAGAGAGGCUCGUCUACGAAGUGCGACAGAAGUGUAGGAACAUUGAAGAUAUCUGCAUCUCCUGUGGAACGCUGAAUGUUUCUCUGGAGCACCCGCUCUUCACCGGAGGAAUGUGCCAAAGCUGUAAGAACUGCUUCCUUGAGUGUGCGUACCAGUAUGAUGACGAUGGUUACCAGUCUUACUGCACUAUCUGCUGUGGCGGGAGGGAAGUCCUCAUGUGUGGAAACAACAACUGCUGCAGGUGUUUCUGUGUAGAGUGUGUGGAUCUGCUGGUGGGACCAGGUGCAGCACAGGCAGCUAUAAAGGAGGACCCAUGGAACUGCUAUAUGUGUGGUCAGAAGCCCCAGUUCGGUCUGCUAGAGCGCCGGGCUGACUGGCCAAGCCGCCUGCAGCGCUUCUUCGCCAACAACCACGACCAGGACUUUGAACCCCCAAAGCUAUACCCUCCAGUUUUAGCAGAGAAGAGAAGGCCUAUUCGUGUCCUAUCACUUUUUGACGGCAUCGCCACAGGGCUGCUGGUGCUUAAAGAGCUGGGCAUUCAAGUGGAGCGGUAUGUGGCCUCAGAGGUGUGCGAGGAUUCCAUCACUGUGGGUAUUGUGCGACACCAGGGACGCAUCAUGUACGUCGGCGACGUGAGGAACGUCACACGCAAGCAUAUACAAGAGUGGGGGCCGUUUGAUCUUGUGAUUGGUGGAAGCCCUUGUAACGAUCUGUCCAUAGUAAACCCAGCACGGAAAGGUCUCUAUGAGGGCACUGGCCGGCUGUUUUUUGAGUUCUAUCGGCUUUUACAUGAGGCUCGUCCUAAACAGGGAGACGAGAGGCCGUUCUUCUGGCUGUUUGAGAACGUGGUGGCCAUGGGUGUGAGCGACAAGAGGGACAUCUCUCGCUUUUUGGAGUGCAACCCUGUGAUGAUAGAUGCCAAGGAAGUGUCUGCUGCACAUCGUGCUCGCUACUUCUGGGGGAAUCUUCCUGGCAUGAACAGACCGCUAACUGCCAUGAACGCUGACAAACUGGAUCUUCAAGACUGUCUGGAACAUGGCAGGACUGCUAAGUUUGAUAAAGUGAGGACCAUCACCACUCGGUCGAAUUCCAUAAAGCAGGGCAAAGACCAGCACUUUCCUGUUUUUAUGAACGAAAAAGAGGACAUCCUGUGGUGCACUGAGAUGGAGAGGGUGUUUGGAUUCCCUGUCCACUACACAGACGUGUCCAACAUGAGCCGGCUGGCGAGACAGAGGCUGCUGGGCCGUUCGUGGAGUGUCCCGGUCAUCCGCCACUUGUUUGCACCACUCAAAGAGUACUUUGCCUGUGUGUGAAGCCCAACGCAGCGAGGAGAAGAGAAAACCCAAACUGAUGUAUGAAAUAACAAGAGCCUUGUAUAUUAUUUACAGCCUAAACAUCAAAGUAGGUAUUUCAUUGUAUUUCUUUUUUUUCCUCAGUUUUAAAUAUUUGACUUUUUAUUCUAUUUAAUUGUUUUUUUUUUUUUUUUCUUUUUUGGUUCAGUUCAUUUAACGUUUUAGCAGUGUUAUCCAGAAUUGAAACUGAUUUAUGUGUGCAAGCUAUACUUGAGACGGGGCCUCCUAUCAAGGCACUGAGAGAUGAAAGCGAGAAAGCGAACGAUGGGGAAAAUAAAAAAACAGAUCGAGAGCAGAUGGUUCAUUUUCACCGGCAUAAGUUACGGAAAAAGGUUUGACUUGGUGAUUUGGAGUAACUGGGUUGGGUUUUUCACGGGCCACUCUAUCGCUCACUUUUCCUCUCCUCCAGCAACUGAGCCUUGGUGAGAGCAAAAAACACACACAUAUACACACAUGCAAACACACACAUGCAAACACACAAAAACACACAAAAGGUGUCUUUCUCUUCAGUGUCAGGGGAGCUCUGUCUUAACCAAUCCAAAACACUACAUCACAAAUACCUCUUUGUUUACAGUUUCUAUACACGAACUGAAGUUAAUAAAAGGUACUACUGUAAUAGGUGACAAUAUGGUGCUUCAAGGUGGUGAAAAACAUUGCAACUCAUGUGGUGCUACUACUUUACUUCAGAACCGGAUGGGGGUCGCUCCCUUAGCCAGGUUAGGUUUUUAAAAAUGAAAUAUAUACGUAUAUAUGUAUACAUGCUUAUCUAUAUAUAUAUGCAUAUAUAUAUAUACACACACACAAAAAAUGUGAUGCUAAACUAUAAACGAGGACUCGUCAAAGCCAGGUCUGCCACAUCUCAUUUUGUAUUUUUUACAGUCUUUUAUACAAUAAUAUCUUACUGGUGCUCUAUUCCAACUCCUCAGCCUUGCAGUCACUGAGGUCCGUUUCCUCUGUCCGUACACACAUACACACACACACACACACACACACACACACACACAUUAUUACACUAACAGGUAUGCAUACAUACACACACACACACACACACACACACACACACAUGUACGGAGUGUGCUGGCCUGCCACAUGGGCCGUGAUGUUUUUUUUGUCAUCCAUACCUUGAGAUCAAAGGCUGUGCUGAGCUACUUUUUUUCUAGCGUCUCACAGGCCAGAAUCAUUACUGUACAACUCUCAGCAUGCGUGGUGGCCGCAGGGAGGGCAGCGUCGGGUGUUUGCCCUUGGCCUGCUGAUCCCCUCCUCCCCCCCUCAACAGUGCCCCUCGCAGGCUAUCCUCAGUCAGGUGCAACACUUAAAAAAAAAAUAAAUAAAUAAAGGUGCGGCUUCACAAAGUUCUUCUACCUUUUUAUAGCGGAUUUUUUGUGCUGUGUUACCAACAAUAUCAAGCACUUUUGUAUAUGUAAACUUCUUUUUAUUUCCAUUGACAUUUUUGAAUAUUUCUUCUUGACUAUUGUGAAUUGUUUUUUUUUUUUUUUGUUUUCGUUUCGUUUUUUAUUUUUCAAGUUAUGUUCUAUGAUGUGAAACUCUCUUUACCGUUAUAUGAGGUAAUUCUUUUGUUUUCUGUACAGUAGGGCUGUGCCAAUAGAUGUGAAAGAAAGGGUUCGUAGGAUAGGGGGACGUUCGCCUGUCAUUCUAGUGGUGAUUUUUGGGGCUAAAUUAAAAAUAAAAAAAGAAAGAAAAAAAA